AUGAAUAGUAAUAACAAGUCAAUAUAUAAAAAUGUUGAAUUCUAAGAUGAACCUUAUUCAACAAACAAUAAAUUUGCUGUGUAUGUUCCAAAAUAAGAUAUUCCUAAAUAUUCUGCAUCCUAAUAAAUUGUAUUGUAUGUAAUCAAUAAUAAUAAUAAUCUCCAUAAAAACAAUUAAAAGUUGAGUUUUAAGAUGAAUAAGAAAAUCACAAUAUUUAAAAUUAAAUGGAAUAAUAGCAAUUUGAAUAGGAUUAAUAAUAAUCAUAGAGAAAUCAACCUAAAGCUGAUAUUAUAAAUUAAAGAAAUGUAACUUAAAAUAGAUACAGAUUGUCUAAUUAAACUCCAAAAACUUCACAUGGAAAGACACAAUAGAAAUUUUAUAGUUCUACUCCUUCUUAAAGUAUUAUAAAAUAGAGAACAAUUUAAUAAUUCAAAGACAGUUUAUAUUUUGAUGAAAGAAUUAACAAAGUACCAAAAUCAACAAUAAGAAAUUAAAUUAUUGAUAGUAUUGUUAGUGAUGCAGAUUUAUUACUUUAAAAGAGAGAGUUAAUGACAUCCAUUUAUAAAUUAAAACAAUUGAAUCUAUUAAAAAAUAAGGAAUUUGCAGUGUAAAUUAAAUUAGUAUAUAUUAGUAAUCGUCUUCCGGGAAUAGGAAAAUCAAGUUUUGUUUAUAAUGAUUAUCAUACCAAGAGUACAAAUAAUGGAUAUUCAAGAAAUUUCGGUGGAGUAUUUUAUACUAGAUGA